ACCCCCAUCCCUCUUUAGGGAGCCAUGGCAUCAGGAAGGAACCCCGAGGAUGACUCCCCCAUGGAAGAAGGGACUAUUCCUCUAGACAUCGACGAUGUCCACAUGCUUCUGCAAGUGGAACAGGAACAGAUCCAGAAGAGGACCUUCACCAACUGGAUGAAUGCCCAGCUUUCCAAGAGGACACCACCCACCGUGGUCCAGGACCUGUUUACAGACCUGCAGGACGGCAUGCGGCUCCUGGACCUCCUGGAGGUGAUGAGCGGUCAGCGGAUGAAACGAGAGAGGGGCCAUGGUGUUUUUCAACACAGAGGAAACAUUGAGACAGCUUUGAAGUUCUUAAAGACUAAAUCGGUCAAGCUGGUGAACAUCAACAUCCCAGAUCUCAUUGAGGGCAGGCCAUCCAUUGUGCUUGGUCUCAUCUGGACUAUCAUAUUGCACUGUCAUAUCGAGGAGCUGGCCAGCACCCUGUCGUUCGGCUCCAGGCAUUCAUCCCUGGAGUCCCUGGCCAGCCUGGACUCUCUGCCCGGCUCCGCCUGCAGCAGCCCGGUGCCGGGGGGCAGUCCAGUGCCCCGUGGACGGAGCUCCCCGCUGCACGCCCGCUUCCGCCUCUCAGCCAAGAAGGCCCUGCUGCUCUGGGUCAGGGACCAGUGCCACAAGGUUGGCUGCUCCAUCAGUGUGAAGGACUUCAAGUCCAGCUGGAGGAGUGGCGUGGCCUUCCUGGCCAUCCUGUGCGCCCUGCGCCCUGACCUGGUGGACCUGCCGCGGGCCCAGAGCCGCGGCGCUCUCCAGAACCUGGAGGAGGCCUUCCGCCUGGCUGAGCAGGAGCUCCACAUCCCCCGCUUGCUAGAGCCAGAGGACAUUGAUGUGAGUGACCCUGAUGAGAAGUCCAUCAUGACCUAUGUAGCCCAGUUUCUGCAGUACUCCAACGACAUGCCCUCACCUGAUGAUGACAUUCAGCUGCCCACUGCACCCUCUCCCUCGUGUCUCUCUCCUGUCAACCUGCCUUCCUAUUUCACGCCGGCCGUCACGGCCUCCCCCCUGCACCAGGCUUCACCCAGUCAGAAGGCUCGAGAGAUGGCCUGCUGGCUGCAGCGAGCCUAUGAGGAGUUAGAGGAGGUGUGGUCCUCUACUGAAGGGGCAGGAUAUGCAGAAAGGUACCAGGCCUUCCAGGCGUUCGUUUCGACCUUCUAUGAGCAGCGGCGGCCUGUAAUCCCUCUGCUGAGUGCCAUGAAGCGCAGCCCCAAACCCAGCCGAGAGCAGAUUGCCCUGCGGCAGGCCUGGAGCACACUGGAACAGAAGCUGCAGCAGUAUAACACUGAGCUGGACGUGUGCUUGCCCGCUCCUCUGGACACCCUGGGUCUGUGGUUGCAGCGCGUGGAGGCCGUCCUAGCGGAAGAGGGAGGAGUCGCAAAAGAUCACGCCCACGCCGCCAGGGAGGCCAGAGAGAAACAGGAGCAGCUCAAGGUGCUUGUUAAGGACAUGGGUCUCCAUCUGAACACUCUGCAUAUCUUCUCCAACACCAGCCCCAACGAGGCCACGUGGGUGCCCCCAGACAAGCUGGAUGAGCUCAAGAGACGGUUCACCAGUGCCCGAGUGACAGCGAAGUACUACGGCAUCAAGCUGGAGUACCGAGAGCAGCGGCAUACGGUCUCGGAGCUGCUAGGCCAGCUUAACGGCAGGCUGAAGGCCUGGAGAGGGCCGUACAGCUCCCAGGAUGCAGUGCGCUCCCUCUUGCAGGACUGGCACGAGAUUGUGGAUAAACAGUGUCUGGUGUCCCUGUUGAAGGCUGCAAUCCAUAAGCUGAAGCAAACAGCCAGCACCUACACAAGCAAAGCAGCUCUUGCGGACGAUGCCCAGAUGGUCAGCAGACAGGUGAGGGAGGUGGAGGCGGAGGCGAGCACCAAUGCUGAAGGCGUGAUAGCGGCGCGGGGCACCAUGGGCCGGGUGCUGGCCGCCUGGGAGUCCUACAGGGACUGCCUUUUCGCCAUGCAGGUCUGGCUCGGACAACAGACCGAGGCCACGGACACCACAGUGAAAGAGGACAGCUUGCGUGAGUGGAUCAGUCGCCAUGCUCACCUAAACGAAGUGGGCAACUUUCUGAUUGAGUCAACGGAUGGCCCCACCAGCUUUGCCCUGGCCAAUGAGCUGUGCAAAGUCAACAAGCAGUGGGCUGAUUUCGUCAAGCGCACAAGAUUUGCUGUCUCCCCUACUGCCUCCUCGGUCCCUGCGUGUGCCCAGGCGGCCCAGGCCCUAGUGGAGGAGGCGGGCUGGAUGGCCAGGGAACCUGUGGAGGUCUCCUCCGGAUCCCUGCGCACGUACAGGAAGAGGCUACAGGUAAUGGUUAAGAAGAUCACAGAGGUAGAUCUGGACACUUUGGCCACAUCCUCAGAUUGUUCUGCAGAGACCCUGGAGAAUUUGAAAGAAACUCUUCCUAAGCUGCGUGAGUCUCUGGGGCAGGUGCAGCAGGCGUGUGAGGGGGUGCAGCGGGGUGCCUCCCUGCUGGAGGGCCGCCUAGCAGAGCUGGUCCACUGGAGCACAGAGGUCUCCGAGGCCCUGGACACCCUCAGGGAGUGGGAGCGCCGGGGUCAUCCAGGCCUUCGUCCCAGAGUCAAAACGCUGGUCUCUCGUGGCCUUCAGCUGGAGGCCCAGCUGGCCACUGAGGAGCGGGAGCUGCAGGCCUCACUGACCUCAGCCCAGCAGAGCUCCAGCCUGCCCUACCUCAGCAUCUCCACCCUACAGGACAGAGUCAAAGAGGCCAGCACACAGACCAAGGAAUUAGUGGGGAUGCUCAGCCAUCUUGAUGUGAAAAGGGAGGGGGGAGCCGCCAAGGGUCAGCCCCCACCUAAGGUCAUAAUCCGGGCACAGAGCCAGCCAGAUUUACCGCAUGGCCCUUUUGAUAAACACACUCCAAAAACCCAGCUUCUUCAGGCCCAGAGUCAGCCGGAUCUCCCGCACGGCACUUUGGCUAUACACUCCCCAAAAACUCAGCGUCUUCAGGCACAGAGCCAGCCAGACCUGCAGCACGGCACUUUGGCUAAACACUCUCCAAAAAUCCAGCAUCUUCAAGCUCAGAGCCUGCCUGAGAUCACCGUAGAGGAGGAGAUUCGGGAGGUCCAGGCUCCCACUCGUUCCAGGGUGCAGUCUCAACUCACAACCGGUGGACCUGGCCAUAAGGGUCCUGAACGUGUCAGUGCAGAUGCUCGGUCCAAGAAGCAGUCUCAGAACAUAGUAGCAGUGGUCAGUGACCCCCAGCAUCAACCCAGUAGCUCAGCUGGGAGAGGCACAUCUCCUCCUCAGGAACCCCCAGCCUCCUCACAGCCUCUCACCCCUCCACAAACCCCGGGCUCUCAGACUGGAGUCCGCACCCCGCGCACCCGACAGAGGCCGAAGGGGGGCUCAGGUCCAGGCCCGGGUAAGGCAGUGGGUCCCCCCAAACCCCCGAGCCAGAACGAGGUGUACCUGAAGGCCCGCUCGCUGGCCCAAAGCAGGCUGGAUGGGGCGCAGCAUCGCCUCCAACAGCAAGUCCAGAAGGCCAUCGCCGUCUUCAGCAACAAGACCCUGUCAGACGAGCAGGCCAAGAAAAAGGAGGACACCAUGAAAAUUCUGAAGCCUGCUCUCCUGGAGGAGUUUCUGGGGAGUGUUGAAGGCAUGGGUCGGUUCUGCUCCGAAGUCCAGCUGAGAGAGAUGGAGCUGCUUGCCCUGUCAGUGCGUGGCCAAUGGGAGGGCGUAUGCUUAGCGAUAGCGUCCUUUUUGCCACACUUGCGGUGUGAACUUGAGCGGGGACUGUCGGCUAGGCCGGCUGUCCCGAGGCACGUGCCCCACACUAAAUCACAAGGCUCCUCUUCUCCAGGCCUGCUGCAGCCUGUGUGCAGUGAACAGGCAUGUGUGGGUGCGGCGGACUCUGAGGGCCGAGUGAGGACCCUGAGAGGACUUAAGGACACCCUGAGCCCCCCCGAACCUCUGGUCCGGGCCACCACCUGCGUGACGGAGACAGCCGGCAGACUGGAGGUGGCCCAGCAUCAUGACGGCCAAAGCAGAGAAACGGCGCCCCCAUCUGCCGGGGGGGAAGCGACUGGAGACAGCACCCCACUGAGAGAGGCUGGCCAGCCUGCUGACCUGACGCCAAACCCGGCCCAUUCGCAGGGUGGCGCGGGAGCCGGGAGGAGUAUGGAGACGCUGCAGGUGCUUCGAGGGAGCUCGGAACCAGCCAGCGCGACCAAACAGGAUGAGGGGUCAGCGGCGGCCGCACAGGAAAUGCAGAUGCGGUAUGGUGCUGCUCACUCUGCCUUCCAUCUGCAGCUGCAGAGGAACAGCCAGCGGCUGUGUGCCGAGGUCCCCCAGGGCUCUGCUACUCUCCAGGUCCUCCACACUCACCUCCAGGGCCUCCAGGCCAUGAGACAGGAGACGGAGGCUCUGUGGUUUGAGUAUGAGCUGCAGUUCUCCCAGUGUGAACCCCAGCUGGAGGAGGUGGAGGAGGAGGGAGGGCUCAGGAGGGAGAGGGCCCAACUCAUCCAGCGCUGGAGAGCACAGCAGAUCUGCCUUCAGGCCAGGGUGAAGACUCUUCAGACUGCGGUGACACUGAUGGAACCAGCAGACAUUCAGAUAGCAUUAGUCAUUAACCGUCUGAACUACAUUACCCAGAAUCCACUGAACAUCACAGAAUUCACCCUUGCUGACUCAGGAGCCAUACAUGAGGAACUGAAGCUCCUGGAUGACAACAUUCAGACAGAACUGGACCGUCUGGCUGGAUUCCAGCGUUGUGACAGCGCCCCCGUUGACCCCAGCACCGACCCCAGCACCGAAGCCGCUCUCCUGCCAGUCCACUCGGCCAUCCAGCAAGCGGUGCAGAACUGCCGUAGCCGCCUGGACCAGCAGCGGAAGCGUCUGAGGAGAGCCGACUCGGCUCUGGCCGAACUGGAGCGCUUCCUGGGCCCGCUGCAGCAGGCCGGGUCAGACCUCUCGGGCCUCCUGGUCUCGGAUGCCUCUGGCGCGUGGGAGGACAGCUCCAGGCUGACCCCCAUCCAGAGGAGGGCCCAGGAGGCGGCCUCCGAGGCCCCGCGCGUGGACUCCCUCCUGGAGGACGCGGGGCUGAGGAUCACCCUGGAUGGUGCUGCUGGUGGUGCUCCGGGCUCCUGUCGGGAGGUGGCAGGAGCUUUGGGGAGACGCGUGGAGGAGGCCCAUGCUCGUGUAUCCUCCCAGCUACUGAGGGGCCACAAGAAAGGAGGAGGAGGAGGAGCAGCAGGAGGAGGAGGAGGAAAACAGAAGAAGGAACAGCAAAGGGAUGGAGAGAAAGAGGACAAGGAUAAAGAGAAGGAGAAGGAGGGGGAGCGAUCGCUGAGCCAAAGGAGGAGGACGCUGGUGGCCACGCUGAGGGAGGUGAAGGGAGGCGCAGAGACCAUGGGCCUCAAGGAGCCCACACUGCCGGCCCUGCAGCAAAGGUUGCGGACGUUGACAGAUAUGGAGAGCAGGCUAGCUGCUCUGUGGACGGAGCUGCAGAGUCUGCAGGAAGCAUCUGCAAAGAUGACCAAUCGGAAGACAGAUCCCAAAGAGCUGGGCACGCUGUGGGAACAGACCCAACUGCUGGUCAAAGAGAGGCGUGAGCAAUGCCAGUGUGUGAUGGAGCUGCUGAAGAGGUUCCAGGGCUGCCGCAGUCGCCUGUGCCUGGUCCUGCAGCAGGCUGAGCAGACCAUCGGAGAGCAGGCCUCCUACAUGGGCAAGGACAACCUGCACCGCCUCCUCCACAGAGUGACGGCCACUAAGGCGGAGCUGGGUGGCCUGGGUGAUGGCGUUGAGGAGAUCCGGGGGGUGUGCAGACAGCUGCAGCACCAGCUGCGGGGGAUCCCCGACUGCGUCGACACCCCGUUUGAGAAUGAGGCCGACGCCAUCAUGGACCGCUGGCUCGAUGUGAUGGAGCGUACAGACUGCUAUCUGGAUAACCUGCGGGUGAGCCUGGCACUGUGGGACAAACUGCUGCUGCUGGGGGGUGAGGUGGAGGGUUGGAUGACCAGGAAGAUGACCUCCUUCGUCCAGCAGGCCCAGCCCUUCCAGAGCGAGUGCGAGGUCCUCAGUAUGCAGGAGGAGAUAAAGUCCCAGGAGGAGAAUGUGGAGCACUUCCACCGCCGCUCCUGUGAGAUCCAGCACCUUCUCCAGAGCCAGGAGGCACCGCUGGAGCUACAGGUGAUGGAGAGCCAGCUGAGGAACAGGAUGGAGCAGGUCAGAGAGCUAUUCGCCGAGAGCACCGACGUCUUCAAGGAGCUGCUGGCCGCCAAGGGCCAGGUCAGUGCCAAGAUGGCCACCUGCCAGACGGCUCUGCAGAGCAUCCAGGACAACCUGAGGAGCUUGGAGAGCACUCAGGGACAGCCUCUCCUCAAGAAACUACAGGAGCUCUCUGGUGAACUGGACAUGCAGGCUGGGCAGGUGGGCGCGCUGCAGCGGGAGCUGGGCCUGAUGUCCAGCGUGGCCAGCCAGCAGACGCUGCAGGCGCUGACCGCAGAUGCCACACAGCUGCACAAGAGCGUCUGCACAGCCAAGGAGCUGCUCAAGCAGACCAAAGAGCAGGCAGAGAACACUCACAGGCUGGCUGAGGGGCAGAGAGAGUUGCAGGAGUGUCUGAAAUCUACGGAGCACUGGGCCCUGGAGUCUCAGGAGGACCGUGAUGGCCUUCAAGUGGAGAUGACCAGACAGAGUGCUUGCGUAGAGGCCUUCCGUGCGCUCAUAACCUCAGUUCAGGGAGGGGGCGCGGAAAAUGCCAGCCUCCUGGAAAACUGCUGGAAGCUUCUAGAACGCCACGACCACCUCCAGGCUCGGCUCCAGAGUACCCCACACGGGUCACUCCUCCAGGAGGAGAAGAGCAUCCCACAGGGGUCACUCCUCCAGGCUCGGCUCCAGAGCACCCCACAGGGGUCACUCCUCCAGGAGGAGAAGGAGAAGAGCAUCCCACAGGGGUCACUCCUCCAGGAAGAGAAAAGCAUCCCACAGGGGUCACUCCUCCAGGAGGAGAAGGAGAAGAGCAUCCCACAGGAGUCACUCCUCCAGGAGGAGAAGAGCAUCCCACAGGGGUCACUCCUCCAGGAGGAGAAGGAGAAGAGCACCCCACAGGGGUCACUCCUCCAGGAGACGGAACUCCAGACCCUGGCAGAGGAGACGGAGGCUCAACUUCAGAGUUCCCCCCAGAGCACCUCACAGGAGUUACUCCUCCAGGAGGAGACGGAACUCCAGACCCUAGCAGAGGAGACGCAGGCCUGGGUCAGAGAGACGCAGCAGCGCCUAAAGACCGUGGGCACCGGGACCCAGCGGAGCCUGGCUCAGACCCAGGAGAGACUGCAGCAGGCUAAGGCGGUGCUGUCUCUGAGACAGGAGGGCGACUCGCGGCUGGAGGAGCUGAGGACUCGGGCUGAGAAGCUGUCCCAGCGGGAGGGCCUGCUGGAUGGGGGCCAACGCAGAGACGUCCAGCACCUCGUCCAGGACACAGAGGCCCAGUGGGUCACCUUGCAGCAGGACGCGAAACAGCUGAGCAGACUCCUGCAGGGUGUGGUAGAGAGGGCCUCUUCCUGCCAGGACCAGCGGAAGCAGGCCUGCCUCCGUCUGGACGAUCUCCGGGGCCAGGCGGCCGCCCUGCCGCGUCUCUUUCCCUGGCCCGGCGUGGCGGAGAGGCAGCAGGCGGCCGAGCGGUCCAGGGCCCUCCUGGAGAGAACCAAGAUGCUGGGGCCGGCGCUGUCCGCUCUGCGGGCCCAGAGGAAGGAGCUGGUCCGCCUGACGCAGGACCCCAGCUGGACGGAGCCGUCCUGGGCAGUGCUGGAGGACGGAGUCCCUGACCUGAUUAGAGAGCUCAAUGAGUUGUGUGGCAUGUUAGAGAGUAGCAUUCAGAAGGAGCAGCGUUGUCAUGACUCACUGCAGCAGUGUGGUGAAGGCCUGUCCUCACUACAGCAGAGGAUUCAGCGGUCAGGACUACAGACCACAGGCGCACAGAGCUCGAGGGAGGACGCCAAAGCUCUAGCGGUCUUGCACCAGGCCAUAGAGAGGGUGGACAGGGACAUCAAGGAGGCCACUGCCCUCUCCUCCUCCCUAACCAAGAGCCUGUCCAAACACGGUCAGUCCGCCCUUACAGCACAGCUCCAGAGUCUGCAGGACUCGCGGGCCGUUCUGGAGAAGAUGACCCAAGACAGGCUGGCCGAGCGAGAGAGACAGAAGCAGGAGGAAGCUAAGAGACUCAUGCAGGAGACCUCCAGCCUGCAGAGGGCGCUGCAGGGUCUGAAUGCUGCCCUGGAGCAAGAGCUGAAAGCUGGGGAGCAGCAUGAUGGUGUUGACCAGCUCCAGAAGCACUGGGUCAACUUGAAGGCCCUGAAGAGCCAAGAGGAGGACCUCAUCUUGCACUUGCAGAAGCUGCAGGGUUCUGAGAGGGCAGAGAGUCCCUUGUCAGAGGAGGUAGUUUCAGCCCUGGGGACACUCACCAAGCAGUCAGUCAGCCUCAGCAUAUCCCUGUCCGAGAGUCUGAGGGUGUGUAAGGAGCGGACGGUGCUCAGUGUCCGCGAGUCCAUCCAGGCCCUGCGCCUGUGGAGCCAGAGUCAGAGUCAGCAGCGGCCCCAGACAGCCCAGUCUACAGAGAUGGCGCUGCAGGAGGGAGAGACGCUGAGACGGAACCUGCAGGGGGCGCUCUUGCACACAGACUUUCUGAAAAGCAUCGUGGGCCAGCAGCUCAUGCAGAGUCUGGAGAGAGAGGGGACAGACGCUCUGACGGACAGCACCACUCAGCUCGCGGGCCUAUCACAGAGCCUUCAGUUGGCUAAGAGUCCGGUGGAGGCGACACGCGCUACGUCAGCUCAAGAGACAGUAGCACAGAGUGGAGCAGAGGAGAGAGCAUCACAGACCCUGUCCACAGAGACUCCCUCUAGUCCCUCUGUGGAGCCUGCCUCAGGGCAGAGAUCACCUGAGGUCCAAAGCACGCCAGCCAAGACAGUGGACAGUGAUGCACAACACGCUAAGAGCAAUUCUGAAGUGGGUGCUCAAGUGAUGGCAACACAGAGCACAGCACGUGAGAGCAUGUCACAGACCCUGUGCACAAAGACUCCUUCUGAACUCUCUGUGGAGCUUACCCUAGGCCAGGAAUCUACUGGGGUUAGUAGCCCACCAGCCAAGACAUUGGACAGUGAUGCACAAAAGACUCCUUCUAAACUCCCUGUGCAGCUUACCCGAAGGCAGGAAUCUACUGGAGUUAAUAGCAUAGCAGCCAGUAAUGCACAGCAAGCUGAUGGCAGCUUUGAACCAGGCACUACCUUGAGGUCAAGCCAUAUUAGCAACACAACUGUGAAGGCUGAUGAUCACAGGGAAGAGCCGGAUGGCCCUCCAAAGCCCGUGUUGACCAUUGUCCUGGACGCCGACCUCACUGGUGCUAGAGACAGCCAACCAGCAACAGAUAUUUCCAUUUCUAGACCCCUUCAGGAUAUGUCCAGUCACUCUGAUGCUGUGACCACUCAGCAGAGUGAAGGCAUGAAUGUACCAGAGACGAGUCUGAAACACCAGAAGGCGAAAACAAAACAUCCACUUGAGCUCACAGCAAGGGAGCAUCCAGAGCUAAAUCAGGAAGAGGUCCUCCCUUCACCCAAAAAAGUAGCUACUAUUAUUUUGGAUGCGGAAUUGUCCCAAAAUGAAAAUAUUUCCACAGACACAGCAGCAACACAGCUUAGUGAACCCAAGCAGUCAGACUAUACAUCUUUCCAUGACGAGUGCAGUCCUGAUGAACUACAGAGCACCAAGCAAGAGCCUAGUACAGCGUCACCAAGUCAGGAAUCUGGAGAGGGUAAAAAGGCCAUGCAAAACUAUGAGGGUUCACUGGUUGAGCACACCAAGCCCAAGAAGGUUUUCACUAUAAUUCUAGAAGCUGAUGUGUCUACAAAUGAGUCAAUGGACAGUCAAAUCAGAGAACCCAUAGAGAAAAGGAGCUCUGAGGUUUCAAGUUUACCAUCAGAGAAUAGCUCUGGGCAUCAGCAAAAACAGCCAGAAAUCUCAGGGUCACCUGAAAAUGUUGGUACAUCUGUGGCAGAUGGUGAUGGCUAUGGAUCCCCUGAGUCAGUGCUCUCUGAAAGGGAAGCUGAACUUGACCUCUCCAAGUUGAAGUCACAGGAUGUGCUAUUGCAGCCAGUGGUCUCAUCUGCCUCACUUCUGGACACAACGCGCAGCAGCACCCCCACGGACCCUGUGCUCAGAGUUGCUCAGAUAGUCCUGGAGUCUAAAGAGAUUGACCCAAUUCACAUCACUCAAACUGAUGGACUUACACAAAAGGACUUACAGGGGGCAAACUCCUCAGGACAAUCACAGAGUAUCGAUAUCAGCCUAAUAGUUACUAGAAACAAGCACCAGGGACAGGACGUCAAUAGUGUGACAUCAGAGAGCGCAGACGCUGAAGGAGAAACAGGCACCAGGAGGCCAGAGGCGUCUGAUCAGGGAGUGUCUGAAGAGGCCAACGUUGUUAGUGUGUCUCCCAGUCAUGGGCCUGAUGCUGUUUCCAUUUCACACGUUAAAGAUAAAGUCGACACGCAGACCCGCGGUACGGAGCUGUUACAAUCGGACCCCUCACACCAAGAUGACCCAGAUCCCCAGGAGCCGAUCCAUACCCAGUCACUCAAGAAAAUAUCUCCAAUGACCUCCAAAGCAGAAAUGCAUUCCCUGGAGGAUGACAAUACUGAUCUGCCAAAGAUAGUCCCAGACCCUCAGGACCAGGUUAAGAUCACAAAGGACAGAAGAGUACAACGAACUGCAAAAGACCUGGUUGCCGGAGACAGGGCUUUAGGGGUCACUGUGGAAUUGCCCCAGGGACUAGAAGAUGGAGACACUCUUCUGGUCAUUCUGGGUGAUGCUGAACCAGUGGUGGGAGCCCACAGUCUUGUGGGAGGUGAACCAAUGGAAGCCAUCUCAUGCCUCCAGCCCACGGUGGCGGAACCAGCGACCCGACUCGGGAGGGCGGUUCACAGGGUUCUGGGCUGCCGGUACCAGCCGGCUCAGCUCAACCCUCUGGUCAUGGCCCUGCAGCUACAGGAAGCAGAAAGCUGCAGACAGCGUGUGCUACAGCAAGUGGCCGCUGUGUCUCACCAAGAAGCGGACAGGGACCUGCAGUCCGAGGCCACGCAGCGCAUGGAGGGUAGUUGGAGCGCCGCCCUGCUGAAUGCAUCAGCCACAGUUCAGGUUAAAGAGGCCCAGCUUCUCCAGGUCAAGCAGUACCACCAGCAAACAGAGGCUCUAAGAGCCACCCUUCAGAGAUUCACAGCUGAGAUGGAGAUGCUAAACCUGGAUAAUUUGGGAAGCACCUCCAUUCAAGCAGAAAAAUUGCAGACAUUCUUGAAGGGUAUGGACCAAGAGAAGGACAAGAUAGGAGAACUGCUACAAACCUGCUGCCAGGUGUCUGCCCACCUGAGUGAGGCAGAUGGACCAGUAGCACUCCUUGCCCAGGUAGAAGGCCUUCAAGAGGGGUGGCAGAUAUUACAGGGGACCGCAGACAGAACCCUGAGGCAUGCCACUGCUUGUACAAUAGAGACGUCUGCUGUGCUUCAAGAGGCCAGGGAAUUAGAAUGCAAACUGGAGAAUAUCCACACCUCUAUGGAUUCAUUGCAGUCCUCAACACCACUCUCAGAUUGCCAGAUGGCCGUGCAGCUCACUGUGACUGCUUCAGAGCUAACCACUGCUAAUGAGCAGUACAUCAACCUUCUUGGGAUUUUUGAAGCGUUCAACCAAAACUUUCUCGGGAAGAAGGAACAGCAUGAGAUGGAAGAAGUCCUGCUGCACUUGAAGGCACAGUUGGAUCAUACUCAAGAACAGCUCCUCAGCAAUGUCACCUCUGUGAGUGACUCUUCAGUAGCUAAACUAAUAGAAGUAGUUCAGAACUUUCUUCCGUGGGCUAAACACGUAGAGCAACAAGUCGAAGCAAGGAGAAAAGUAGCUCUGUUCUCUGAACAUGCCCACCACCAGCUUACUAACAUUAAGAGGCUCCAGUCAGAGGUUUCUGCCAGGCAAAGCCAAGUCACAUCUGUGGUGGAGGAACAGAAGGCCUUGCUCUUAGGCCUGAGGGAAGAUGAUGUUUCAGUGAUGUUAUCUUUAUUGGAGGAUUUAGAGGAUACUUAUCAAGUAAUUUCAGAAAAGAUCACUCAUGCAAUUGAAGAGGUGAACCAGGCUCAACAGUCAAGAGAGAAAAUGUGGGCUCAGAUUUCAGAAGUCAGUACCUGGUUGGUGGCCCACAUCGAGAAGGAAGGUAGCAGGACCAGAGAUUCAAAGCUAAAGGCAAGCGUAGCAGACUUGAAGGUUGGACUGCAAUGGCAUAGCGCUACCCUGAAAGAAGCCGAAAAGCAAACUGCUGUCAUUGAAGGCCUCCUGGAGCAAUGUUCCAUUAUAAUCCCCGACCUUAGCAUUGGAGAGAGCCAUUAUCUCAUCGACCGGCUUACAAUUCUACAAGCAGAGGUCUCAGGGGUGGCUAGCUCUGAGCGAGCUGCUUGCUGGGAGCUUGAAGAGCUACUUCAUGCCCAGGAGACCACAGCUGAAGAGCUGACCACCAUUCAGAAGAGCAUUAAGCAGAUAUCCAUGGACCUGGAGAGACAAAGGUUCCCGGUGACUAGUGCCUCUUUAUCUGCCGUUGAGCCACUGAGGCACAUGUUGGUUGAGUACCAGUGCCAUGUGCAAGAGCUUCAGCACUGCCAGGAGUCGCAGAAGAAGGGGCUGCUGCAGACCAUUCACACCCUGCAGGCCAAGGCAAGGAUGCUCGACAUCCAAGCCCGUGAACAUGAGAAGUACCUGAACUACAGAAAGCGAAUGGAGGACUCCAGGGAGGUUGUGAAGAAGGGGAUCCCUCAGACGAGUGACCGGACGGUGGACCGGAGAGAAAGGCUGCAGGUCUGCAGGGCCCUACUGAUGGAGCUCCCCCUGGUGAAGCAGCAGUGUCAGCAGGCUGCUGAUCAGCUGGAGGCCAUCUCGGGAGACGUCUACCCGUCUCAGCUGACGUCCGAGCGGCAGAAAAUCCACCGGACGCUGGAGAGCCUGGCCUCCUGGGAGCUGACCAUUCACAAUGAACUUUGCAGCAUAGAGCACAAGCUGUUAGACGGACUCACUUGCCCGGCAGAUCUCACAGCCAUCGCUAAUGUCUUCCAUAAAGCCAGACAAGAGCUUCAGCGAGCUGCCUGCCUCGAUCCAAACGAGCAAGCCAUAGUGAGGGAGUUGCAGAAGUGUUCGGUGCUUCAGAGGAGUAUGGAGAGCGGACUAAGAGUGCUGGAGGCUCUAGAGCAUAGGGGAGGAACUGAAGAGGAGGCUCUCAGAGAACUGUCUCACUACGGAAAAAAGAUCUCCAGAGAUUGCAAUAUUAGAAUGGACAAUCUGUCUCAGGCUUGGGAGGCUCUCAAAGACUAUCAGUGGUCAGUCCAAAGAGCUGUCAGGUUCCUGGACGACGCAGAGCCCAGGCUCUUGUUAGACCUGACUGGCACCAGAGACUGCCAAGAGGAGCUGAAAGCUACCCAGCAGACCGUGGCUUCCCUCAAGGACAGCUUCAAGGCUCAUAUGGACCGCCUGGGGAACCUGGUGCCCAAGCAGACCUGCUUCUCCACCGUGGAAACCCAGAAGCUUCACAUCCAGGUCCUGAGUCUGCUGUUAGUGAGGGAGGCUAUGUUGGAGGCCCAGGGUCAGCUGAGGACAGAGACUUUGAAGAAGUACAUUGAAGAGCAGAGUAAUCACAGGAAGAAGCACGUGGAGCUACACGAGCUCUUCCAGAAUUUUGAGACGCGUCUGAAUGAGUGCCUUCUGCAGAAAGCCACGUCAUUUGAAGAAUGUGUAGAACAACAGGACAAGGCAAAGGUCCUGCAAGAGGAGGUGUGGUGCCUGGCUGGUCGGCUGGAGCAACUGAGGGGGGUCUGCCCAUCGCUGCCGCUGGACUGUGGAGUGCGGGCGGAGCUGGGCCUGCCGCUGCUCUGGAGGCAGUGGGCCUUGCUCAAGCGCCGCGUCGGGGUCCUACGAGCGCGCUCAGUGCAGAGAGACCAGGAGUGGAAGGACGCCUCACUGAGUAUGGAGAGGUGUAGCCUGGCCCUGGAAGGCCUGAGCCGGGAGCUGCCCGACCCCGCCGCGGUGAGCGGUUCCCUGGACGAGCUGCGGGCCCUGCUGGCCCUGACGGAGCUGCAGCAGGAGUGGCUGGACCGCGAGCAGCAGGCCCUGGCUUCCUCUCAGGCCCUCAUCGGCCGGCUUCUGGGCCCCCGCGCCUUUCGCGACCCGCACAAGCCCGUCCAGAUCUGCCAGGAGCUGCAGAACCUCCAGAGCCACUGCAGGGGACUUAGAGAGAAGUGCAUGCUGGUCCGACGGACGGCACUGACGGAGAUUCAGGAGCGAGGCCGAGACCUGGAAGAGAUAGACGCCGUACGGCAAAGGGUGGCAUCCUUGGUCCCGCUCCCGAAGGCCCACCAUGAUGCCCCUCAUGCACAGGAGGCCAAGUUAGAACUGGGCAGUCAGCGAGCUAAACUGGAGGUGAUCAUUGAGGGAGUAAAGAAACGCUACCAGGAGGUUCCUCAGGGUCUCCAGGCUCCUCUACAGGAAGUCAGUCGCUCCCUGCAGGAAGUGGAAGACAAGCUAGCAGCAGCAGCAGCCUCCCAGCAGAGUGGUCCCCAGCACAGGCUGAGUGACCAGGCCAGAGAGGUCACUGCAGGUCUGGGGAAGGUGCAGGACCUGCUCCAGCAAAGCAGAACCUCUGUGGCUGGAGCCGAAGGCACACUGAAGUGUGUGUGGGACGAGCUGGACCGCUGGCACUCGCGUCUGGCUGUCUUGGAGGCCGAGGUGCAGGAGGUGGCCAUGGAGCAGCCUGACCAGGCUCACACCCUCAUGGACGAUCUCACCGACCCCCUGCAACUCUACCAGACGAUUUCCAAGCAGGCAGAGCAAAGGACAGCCUUCCUUAGCAGGAUCCCAGCCUGUCUUCAGGAGUACGAGGACUUGCUCAACAGCGCUACCCACUGGCAGGAGGAGGCAAAGUCGUGGCUGAACACACCUCGCACGUACAACAGUGCCAAGUGUCUUCACGGCCAUGCCGUCUCGCUUCAGAUGGUUCUAGAGGAUUCUGAGCGAAUCCGGGCAGCGCUGGAUGCCUUUCUGCCCGUCAUGCAAGAGAUCUCGCCAGUGUGUGACACAGACGCCAUGCAGGUGCGCCUGAAUAAGGCCAUCCACAAAGUCACACACAUGCAGCAAAGCAUCAUGGAACCUCACGCCCAACUUCUACACGUUGCUGAGGAGGUGGAUGCCAUUGAAAAAGAAGUGAAAACCAUGGAGAAGAACGUCACCAAGAUCAACACCAUCUUGUCCAGCAUGGACACAGAGAACGCAUCUGGGAAUGAGCAGCUGCAAUACUGUCAGGUGAUUCUGGAAAACAUCUGCUCCAUGAGGCGGACUGUGUCGGAGAUCGAGCACUGCCGACUGGGUCUAGGGCUACCCCGUGGUGCAGAGGACACCCUCGUCGUCUUCCAGCGAGCCCAGACCCUCCAGCAGCCCCUGCAGGAGCUGGAGCAGCACACCAAGGAGCAGAGCGCCAGGCUGGAGGAAGCACUCGGGCUGUCCAUGGACUUCAGUCAUCAUCUUAGUGGCCUCGAUGCGGCAAUGUCCUCCCAUCAAGCUCUCCCCUCUCUCGGUGCUCUGGGAUCUAUGGGAACCUCUUUUUAUGGACCCUCUGAUGAUGGUGAAGAUGAAGAUGAGGAGGACGAUGAAGGAAGUAUCCACUCGUCAUCUUCUGGAACACUGACGGGCAGUGUGGCUGAGGACCCUGACCAGGACCAGACAUUCGGGGAUGAUCAAGGUUUUGAGUUUGACACAACUUCUCCCACUGUGGUCAUGGCAACUGAAUCACCUCCCCGGGGCAGUCCAUCGGUAUCCAAGGAAACGGCAUCAGUAACCAUGGCAUCUGAAGACAUCGUUGAGGAGAUUGGGUCAUUAGCGUCAAAAGCACUAUGGACACCAGCCAAAAUACUUGAGAGGACUGGCGGUGACCUGAAAUCUACUGAGCACAUUAGCAAGGCGAACGGGGAGGCCAGCACAGAGACAGGACGUGUUUACAAGGAGCCAGAUUUGACAAGCCCGACGGAGCCUAAACCAGUUCUGAAGGAUUUGGAGUCCAUACCCAAGGAUACACAAUCCGUUUGUAAGGAACCUGGUUCUCUGACCAUGGAGUCAAAAUCAGCCACCGUGGAGCUCCCUUCCAUUAUCAGUAAGGCUGAGGUCAUAACCAAAGAACAAGCAUCAACAACCAAGGAGUUCACAUCCGUCAUCAACCAGCCAGCAAGAGUUCUCUCUUUACCCAGUGGUCAACCAAGACCAGCGCAUACGAGUGUGACUGACCCACAGAUGGAAUCUGCAGUAGUGGGUGAUGAACUUCAGGGUUCGCCCACAGAAUCAGAGAGCACCAUGCUCUCCACUGUUCUCCAUGACCAGAACCUUUCAGCCUCCCCUGUGGUCACGGAGAGCAUUGCUAAGCCCCCUGAGUCGCUCCUGUCAACUCCAGACAAGACUCAAGGGCCUGCGGAAGACUCUCGUUUGCAUAGCCUCAAGGAACCAAUGGAGUUGAGUGUGGAAGCUGCUAUUACUGUUCCCAUCCAGGAAAAGACUCCUGCAAGACCACAGACUGCUGUAGACAGUGUACCAGCCCAGCCUGAGGAGGGCGCUAUAGCCAAAGGGAACCUGGCGAUCCUCCUGGGCAGCCUCUCAGGAAAGCCAGAGCUGGAGAGCCCUGCGUUCAUCUUACAGGAGGCCGUGGCCAAACACACUGACCCCAGCACAGUCACAGCAGGCCAUCCCAGCCUACGGUGCGCGUCUGGCAGAGAGUUGACCUCUCUGAUUUGCCGUGCUGAGGCCACGGGGUCGGACGUGGAGCUGCAGGCUCGUGCUGAGGCUCUCCUGAAAGGUGUGUCCACUCUGCUACAGCUGGGCAGUCAGCGUCUGCAGCACAGCCAGGACACCAAACUAUGCAGCCGUAGCCAGCUGCACCCCCUGCUCAGCAGGCAUAAGAAGUUCUUCCAAGACGUGGGGCGUCACUGGGCUGUGCUCCAGUAUGUGUCCCAGCGACUGCCACUGGGGGCGCUGCAGAGCCUGGCUGAGCUGGAGGAGCAGGUGGACACGCUACAGAAACAAGCUGUGGACCAGGGUAGCCUGAUGCGCAGGAACCUGCAGGAGUGGAGCCAGUGGGAGGAGGCGAGCGGGAGGCUGGCCCGGUUGCUGGACGAACUGGAGGCCGGUAUGCCCAGCGGGACCCCCCAACAGGAGCCCGAGGGCCAGCUGCAGGAGAGGGCAGCUGCACAUCAGCACCUGCGGCAGCUUUUGGAGGAGAGCCGGCCUGAGUUUGGACUGGUCCUGGAUCAGUGCAGAGCCCUUGAGGACAGGGGCUGUAGCCCUUUGGGCACGAAAACCACUGUGCCAGGAUCAGGUCUGGAGCUGCGCUGGGCUUCCGUGCACAGGAGGCUGAUGAUGGAGGAGACACUCUCAGAUCAGAUCAGGGAACAGUGGGAGAGAUUCCAGCGAGACUCCCAGUCCCUGCAGGAGUGGUUGGCCGAAGCCAAGGAUCAGCUGCAGGCCUGGGGGUGCCACCCUGAAUCAGAGCCCCGGGAUCUCAGCUGGACCCAGCUCACGCUGCUCAUGGGUCUGGGUCAGCAGACGGAGGUGCGGCGUGCCCAGUGGUCGUCUACCUGUGACGCUGGCACGCAGCUGCUGCAGCUGAUGGACAGCGAUGCCCCGUGCCUACGGAAGCGCCUGGCACAGCUGAAGCAGAGCUGGGCAGAUGUGACGUCCACUCUGCCAACACUACAUAGCUGGACGAAGCAGAUCCUGUGUGCGCUGCCUGCCCAUGAGCUGCUGUUGGACCUGAGCGCUUGGCUGGGCGACGUGGAGAAGAGACUGGACGAGGAGGAGGCGGAGAUGCUCCAGGAGGUCACGGAUGCCCUCGGACAUGCCAGUCAGCUCAAACACUGCCAGGAUCUGAAGGCUGAGAUCUCCGGUCACCAGCCAAGCAUGGACCAUCUGAGCCAGCUGGUGGAGGAGGCCGGCCACGUGAAGGACGAGGCGGACAGAGAGGAGAGGACGCUUCUGGCCGAGCAGGUUGGAGCGCUUCACCUGCGCUGUGUCCUACUGCAGGCCAAGGCUGACAAUCAGGUGCGGCAGGUGGAGGACCGUCUGCACGUGUGCUCUCAGAGAGAGGGCCGUCUGCAUCGUCUGCACAGCUGGCUGUCCGCACAGAGGAAGAUGCUGAGUGGGUAUGAGAGACCAGACAGCUGCUUUCACAUAGAGAAGGCCCUACAGGAGCUUCAGGACAUUGAGGAGAAGCUCAGUCUGAAAUCCGUGGAGCUGCUGGAGUUGAAAGCUGUCCGUUUGUCCGAGGAUAAGGAGCACCCCAGUGACCGGACCUUCUCUGUGCUGGUGGAUGAUGUCACGCAGGACCACUCUCUUCUUACGCAACAGGUGGCCACCCUCAGACCCUCUCUGUGGCAGGUCCGGGAUCAGUGGGUCGGGUUUGAGAGGGAGCUGGCAGAGGGCGCGCUGGUGAGCGCCAGGACCCAGUACGGUCUGGAGCAGCAGCAGAGGACGCCAUGCCUGUCCCUACAGGAAAGCAGUGACCACGUGGACCAGAUGCAGGCCCUGCAGCAGCAGGCAGAGGAGGGGGCUGACCUCUGGUCAUCUGUGGACGCUGCACUGGUCAGCCUGCGCGAGAGAGUGAGUUCUGAUGCCGGCCGCCUGCUGACGGAGCGAGUGGAGAGGGAGAGAGCGCGGUGGAUGUCGGUGGUGGAGGUGGCGAGAGAGGAGCAUCGUCAGAGUCGGGCGCUGCUGCAGUUGUGGCAGGAGUAUGUCCGUCUGACGGGCAUCUGCUCUGGGCAACUCACCCAGCUCUGGGAGCAGUGCCGAGGACCCCCAGCAGCCACAGCCGGAGCCCCUGAAGACACUGAGGGAGACCCCACGGAACACAUCCAAGCCAGCCUGGAGUUUCUUAGCGAUAUUCAACUGGGAAUGGAGGGUUUGCAGACCAGUGUGGGACAAGUAUUAGAGGCUGCCAAGCUUCUCAUUGGCCAGAUAGAACCCCAAGGAGCUGCUCUGAUCCAAUCAGAGACCAGGUUGUUAUCACGCGACAUUGUUCACUUGGGCCAGGCACUUAUUUUGAGACGGGAGCAACUUCAGGAGGACUUGGAGCAGUAUCAGAACUUCAGUGGUCUGCUGGACUCCCUGGAGCUUCAUCUGAGGGGCUUUGAGAGUGGCCUUCUCAGACCCAACUCCAGUCUGGACAACCUCAAGAGGGGUCUGCUGGAGCUGAGUGGGCUGGCUCCUGACCUGGGCACUCUGAAUGAGCUGAGCAUCGGCCUCCGUCUGAUUGACACAGCUGAGGGGAGACUUAGGACACUCAAUGACCAGUGGCUGCAGGUCUUCAUUCAGGCCACAGACAGAUACAGGGAGAUGCACACCACACAGCUAUCUAGCCAAAGCUUUAAGCAGCGGUGUGAGGACUGGUUUGCCCUCCUGGAGAAGAUGGAGGCUGACCUGGCCACAGACAUCUGCUCCACUCAGCCAGCCAUCCGGGAGCAGCUUACACGUCACCAGAAGCUGAAGGUGGAGAUGUUUGUUGGGCAGCUGCUACUUCAGUCAGUGGUCAGGGAGGCCCUGCAGCUUCUGGAGAGUGGACCAUCCAAAGACAACAACUUGGUCGUUAGGCUGACGGAGCGGCAGGAGCGCUGGCAAGAGGCCCUGCGAUUGGCCCAGACGCGCGGCACCCUGCUGCAAGGAAUGAUGGGAAAUUGGAGGACCCUGUCCGGAGGCCAGAGGAGGCUGUGGAAGCUGCUGAGUGACCUGGAGACUCUACUGCCCCCUGCUGGUCUGGCGGCAUGCAGUCUGCAGCAGCUCCGAGGCGUCAUCCGUGACUUCCAGUGGGCUCAGAAGGAGCUCCAGGACCACGCGGCUCUGUACACUCGGGUGCUGAAGGCCAGCCGAGAGCUCGUCCCCAGGCUGGACGGGCAGGCCCAGACCCACGUGCAGGAGGACCUGGACGCCCUGAGGAAGUCUUGGGAGGACACGCAAAGACUUCUGGGAGUCAGGAAGGCUCUGGCGGAAUCAGUCAUACUGACUUGGAAGCGCUGUGAGACAGGACUAGCCGAUAGCACACACAAGCUGGAGGAGAUCAAAGCCAGUCUGGAGCAGCCGCUGCCAGAGAAUCUGGAGGAGUUGUGCAAAGAGGAGAACCUCUCCAAGGCGCAUCAGGAGGCUCUGGAGGUGUGGGGCGGACGGCUGCGGGAGCUGGACACCAUGAAGGCGGACGCCUCUCAGUACGUGCUGGCCAGCGACACGGCACUGCUCCAGGGACAGCUGGACCAACUGAAUGGACACUGGGAGGAACUUUGCCUCAAGGUGUCCCUGCGUAAGCAGGAGAUUGCUGACCGGCUCCACGCCUGGGUCGUGUUCAACGACAAGAACAAGGAGCUGUGUGAGUGGCUGGUGCAGAUGCAGAGCAAAGUGGCCCACAGCGGCGAGCACCUCAGCAUCGAGGAGAUGGUGGACAAACUCAAGAAGGAUUGCAUGGAGGAGAUCAACCUCUUCAGCGAGAACAAGAGCCACCUGAAGCAGCUCGGGGAGCAGCUCCUGUCCGCCAGCGAUAAGACCAAAGAGGCCGAGGUCCACGGGGCAAUCCGCGACGUCAACGCCCGGUGGCAAAGUCUCUUCGACCACAUCGAGACCAGGGUGAAGAAGCUGAAGGAGACGCUGGUGACGGUGCACCAGCUGGAUAAGAACAUGAACAACCUGCGCACCUGGCUGAGUGGUGUGGAGAACCAGCUGUCUCAGCCCGUCCUAUACAGCGCCUGCCACAGCCAGGAGAUCCACAGGAGACUGGCAGAGCAGCAGGAAUUGCAGCGUGACAUCGAGCAGCACAAGGACAGUGUGGCGUCAGUGCUGGUGCUGUGUGACGCGCUGCUACGUGACGAGGACGCGUGUGAGAGCAGUGGAGGAGGAGGAGGUGGAGGUGGAGGAGGUGUUUGUGUGGAGGGAGACUCCAUCCAGCAGACCACCCGCAGCCUGGACCAGCGCUGGAGAAACAUCUGUUCACUGUCCCUGGAGAGGAGGCUCAGGAUUGAAGAGACAUGGAGGCUGUGGAGUAAGUUCGAGGAGGACCACUCGCGCUUCCAGGAGUGGCUGAAGGGGGCAGAGCAUGUCGCUGCCAAUCCCAACUCCUCCGACGUCCUCUACACUGAUGCCAAGGAGGAGCUCAAGAACUUUGAAGGCUUCCACAGGGAGGUCCACGAGCGUCUCACCCAGCUGGAGGUAAUCAACCACCAGUACCGGCAGCUGGCCCGGGAGAACCGGACCGACUCGUCCAGCCAGCUCAAGGCCAUGGUGCGCCUGGUCAACCAGCGCUGGGAUGCACUGCAGAGGCGGACAGCGGCCAUCCUGCGGAGGCUGAGGUACUUCACAUCUCAGAGGGAGGAAUUUGAAGGGACCAGGGAAGGCCUGCUGGUUUGGCUGACGGAGCUGGACCUUCAGCUGACCAAUGUGGAGCACUUCUCCGAGAGCGACAUCCACGAGAAGCUCAGACGCCUCAACGGCUUCCAGAAAGAGAUCACCCUGAACACCAACCGCAUCGACGAGCUCAUUGUGUUCGGCGAGGCUCUUAUCCAGCGCAGCUGCCCGUCCGAUGCCGCGCACAUCGAGGACGAGCUAGUCGAGCUGCACACCUACUGCCAGGAGGUGUUCCGCCGCGCCGCCCGCUUCCAUCAGCGCCUGACCAGCCCACACCCUGAGCUGAAGGAAGAACCAGAGCUCCAGCAGGCUUCCCCAGGGACAGUACCCAGGCAGGGGGCCUCCUCGGUGGGGGAGCAGCAGCCUCUGGCUCCUGCCCCCGCGUGCCUUGUGGCUCCACUCCUGGAGCGCUCUGGCCGGGAGACCCCCGUGAGUGUGGACUCUAUCCCACUGGAGUGGGACCACACGGGGGAUGUGGGCGGCACGUCCUCGCACGAGGACGACGAGGAAGGGACGUACUACAGCACCCUCUCAGAUGUGGACGUGACUGAGAGCGCAGAUGCGUUCGUAAAGGCCACUGCCCACUCGCUGGGGGAGACCUCGGGUCCAGGCAGGUCCCUGGCCAAGGCUCAGAGCUGGCACUCCCAGGACUCUCAGCUGGACCUCACCGACAGUGCCGGACACACACCCAUCCAGACUAGCACGCCGUACAAACAGGGAUAUGUUCGUCUGAUGUCGGAAUGCAGCGGCAGCAUCAAGAGUGUGAAGCGCGUAUCUCUGAUCCUGGACGAUGAGGAGCAGCAGGAGGAACAGGGCCUCACCGGCCUCGCCACUGCAGACAAGCAGUCAGGAGUGAUUGAGCGCUGGGAGCUUCUACAGGCGCAGGCCAUGACCCAGGAGCUGAGCAGCCAGAGAGAUCGCCAGCAGCUGACCUCUGACCUCAGUGACAUCACUUCCUGGCUGGGCCAAGUGACGCCCGAGCUGCAGCAGCUGCAGAAGCCCGAGCCGGAUGCCACCAUCGAGGCCAUGGAGGCCAAAGUCCGGCAGCUCAAGGAGAUGCAGAAGACCUUUGCCCGCUACAAGGCCAUGAUGCUAUCUCUGAACCUGGGUGGCCAGCAGCUCCAGCAGCAGGGUGAGGGUGGUGCUGAGAGGCCCGAGUGCCUGGAGGACCCGGGGCAGCUGCAUGAGGCCCUGCGCUCCAUGAACCAGGGCUGGACGGAGGCCUGCUCACGCCUGGAGGCCUGGGAGAGCAGCCUGCGCACUACACUCAUGCGCUGCCAGGAGUUCCAUGAGACGUUGCACGCCCUCCUGCUGUGGCUGGCCCACGCAGAUAGCAGGCGCUACACGGUGGACAUACGCGAUGAGUCCACCUCACUGACCGCCCUGCGCGACCACAUGGCCACGCUAAAGGGCCUUGAGGAGGAGCUGCGUGAGCGACAGAGGCAGGUGGGCUCGCUCCAGGAGCUCACAGCCCAGCUGCUCCCCGAGGCCAGUGCAGAAGACAGCAUCGAGGCCCGCGAGAAGCUACACGUCAUCGGUAACAAGCUGAGGCUACUGCUGCGCCAAGUGGGCCAAGACCUCUGCACCGUCCAGAAGCGACUGGACUCAGCUGAAUCGCUGCAUCAGAGCAGGCAGCUGGCAAGAAUCCCGGGAUCGAAGGAUUCCCCAUCUGAAGCAGGAGGCAGACGAUCGCCAACAGGCAGCAGGGCGGAGAAACGUGAGCCGUCCCCACAGCGCUCCUUCUUCCAGCGGGUGCUGCGCGCCGCCUUCCCCCUGCACCUGCUCUUCCUGCUGCUGCUGGUGCUCGCCUGCCUGGUGCCCCUGUCCGAGGACGAUUACAGCUGCACGCUCGCCAACAACUUCGCCCGCUCUUUCUACCCUAUGCUGCGCUACACCAACGGACCGCCACCCACGUGACGGACAGCAUGAGCGCGCAUGCACGCACGCACACACACACAAGUACACGGAGACUGAAGCACAUAUGUAUGAUGUGGGUGCUGGUGUAUUUGGAACCGUUGUCGUCUGAGGAUGGUUUCAGCUGCACGGUCGCCAGCAAAUUCACCACUCCUUCCACCUGAGGAUGCUGUGCUUCACCAAUGACCCACUGCCUACGAGACAUGCGCUCACACACAUGCACGCACACACACACACAUACUGUUAAAUGCAAAACAAUGAUCUGUUGAUCACACAAAUAUAGACUGACUCUCAGGCACACAUACAGUAAUAGCACUGGACCACGCGCACACACACACACACACUGACCAAUUGGCUGGCCUGCUUCCAAAGCUGACCCAUCCAUUUUCUCUGACCUCUCCAAAGGGAGGGGAAAACGCCGCUACUGUCCCAAAAAAAUAGAGAAAGAAAAAAACUAUUUUUAAAACACCUGUUAUUUAUGAAUUUAUGAAAAAUUAUGAUUUUUUUUGUACUAUUUAUUCCCAGAGAGAUAAAAAGAAGCCAUACUCUGAAUGAAUUUUGAUGUAACAUUUCCUCUGAGACACUUUGUGAAACUGGCUGAAAUUUUCUAAUAAUUAAUGUGCAAGAUAUAGCAAAGCUGACUUUCUGUUUAUUUUGUUUUGUUUUGUUUUUCUAGCUCCAGUUAACUUUCCCAAAUCAAGAUAUCGAAAAAUGACCGAAAAGUCAUUAUUUUGUUGUAAUGUUUUAGUCAUGAAACAAGCAGAGUAAGAAGUUCUGGUGUAAUUAUUUGAUUUUAUUUUGCUUAUGUUUUUUAGAACUACAGUGCCUGCUUUAUACUCUGCUGUAGAUUCUGUAAUACAGAUGUGUGUUGAGAAGUUACAAAAAACUCUCGGGUCCACUGGAGAAAAACUAAGAUCUAGUGAUUGACAAGGACAAGAAAGAAACACACAACUUACUCAUUUUAUUCUCUUAGCCACACUGUCUGUCACAUAAUUCAGUUAUAUUGUGUUGUUUUAACUCAUUGCUUCACAUGGACAUUGUCAUCUUUAUCCAUGUUUAAAAUGCAUUUUAAAAGUAAUGCAUUUUAAAAGUAGUGACUGAACGGUUGAGGUUGGUUUCGUAUUUGAUUUAUGACUGUAGUGUAAAUAUUUCUUUGGUGAUCACGGCAUUGUUAAUUAUGACGCCUUGGUCAUCACACACACAUAGAUGACUUUUGAUUGUCUAUUUAUGAGAGCAAUUGGUGCGUGUCCAACAGCUGACAAUAAACAUGGUUUGUCAUUUGCAAUUG